CUGUUCAAUGUCUUCGCGGAGGAGCAGACUUGCCCAAGUGUGGACAGUCAGACAUUGGAUGAAUUAUGGACUAAAAAGUUUUUGCUGUUGUUUGAAUGUCACAAAGAGCUCAAUAAAAAAGUGAAGGCGUUAGGUCAGUGGUCUGUUCCUGAUCGAACCCCUUUGUCUCGGGUUACUGUCGUAGCAGUGGAGGUGAAAAACAAGCCACCGAAGAAAGCUCCGAAACGUAAACGUAAUGCGCCAGCUGAAGAGACGGAAUCCGCGGAGGGCAUUCUGCCUCCUACCCAGGCGGUACCGUCUAAAGACAUUGGUCCGAAGAGGCCGGAAGAAAGUCGUGGAAAGAAGGAAUGUGGAAAGAACGUCGCUUUGGCGAAAAUUACGACAUGCAUGAAAACCGUGAAGCUCUCUGCUGUGGUUAGAUUGUUAAAGCUGAUGCAAGGGAAGCGCCGCGCAACAAUUUUCCUUAUCGAACAUCUGCUGGAAAUUCUUGUACAAGUUUGUCCGAGAGUGGGCAAGAAGUCAUUACCGUGGGCGAAGGGAGAAACUCCUCGUGCAUCAUGCAUCCAUGGUGACCUGACAGUGAUUUUCAGUGAAAUCGAAAAGUUGCUGCCCAUAUUUUGGAGUACAUUUUCCAAGACAGCAUCGUACUUCCGUGAUCUCAUGAAUUCGUCUGAUAUUGUGACAACUGAGACUGAUGUUGUUGAACAGCUUGCUGGUUUAUUCCGAUUGUGUUUAGCGACAUUGGAGCAUUUGUUUUCAUGGAAUCACAUUACUACGUUACCAAGCGAUUCUGAUGCAGUAAUGUCGAGAAAGAAGAGUCGUCGUGAAAAGUUGAUGGAAGCUAUUGAACAUUGCAUGUUACAAGAGGAUGGCGAGAGAAGUGCCGGAAGUGAAGCCGAGACUAGCAUUUAUGGAUAUUUAGUCGGCAUUUGUGAACAAGUUCCGAAUGUCAGCGUAGCUGUAGCUGUUCUUGAUUGUGUCUCAGUUAUUCAGUCGCCGUCCGAAGAGCUCAGUAAUAAAAUGGCUCGACACGCGCUGGGAUUCCUGAAGAAGGAGUGGUUGGACAAGGAGGGAAAACCGAUAAAAGGCGCGAGUUUAACAUCGGCUGUCAGAAAGUUGUUGAGCCACUAUCUUCGUCUUCGACCGGUGAACUACCGUUUAUGUGCGAUUCAGUGGAUCCUUGCGAAGAAACUUGCCGACUUGAUUCCACAUGAGGAGAAACGCAAAAGUAAACUCUACGAGCAAGAUUCAGAUGAUCAGGAACUGAACGAGCGCUAUACAAACCAAAUUUUCGCCUGCUUUACAAGGGCCACUUUUGGUACUAUAUACAAAGUGCUGUUUGUCGCAAUGAAUGACGCAUUGGCAGCAACUGAAAUAACACCUAAUAGUUCUAAUAUGCGGAGAGCACCCGUACAGGAGUAUCUUCGUACGUGGUCUAUUGCGGCUGGAUGUGUGGCGUUAUUUGGAUUGAUGCUACGUGUGCGUGAGCUCAGGAAUACGUCACUUUUGGUAACGGCUAUCAAAGAAGGGCGGCGUUUCUUGGCGAUGAUGUGUAAUAAGAACAGCUCUUUUAUGUAUCUGCUGGAGGAGAAAAGUCGUCUGGCCAGUGUGACUGAUCAUGUUGUUGAAGUCAUAAAGUCGGUACAAAUUGGAAAUCGAAAUUUCCAGAAUAUCUGUGUCCAUGCGAAGGCGAAUCGAUCAAACAUUCUUCUAAAGCUCGUGCCUGAUUUCCGUGUGACAAAUGAGCAAUGGAUGAGAGCGAUUCAGUCGAAACUCGUUGGCAUUAACUGUCAAGACGCAUUUGAAAUCGGCCUGCUCAAACCUCGAGAUAUAAAUGGAGAAGAAAUUGUGCUCACUGAAGAUGAACAAAGUUGCUCCACAAGUUCAGAUUCAGAACCAGUAGAGGAAAAUGGCGCUGAAGAGGCCCAGGAAAACUCGGAUGAGAGUAACAGAAGUGAAGUGUACUGA